AGAAAAGAUCCAACCCAACCACGGAGAAGCGCGAUAGAGGUUGUUGUGACCGUUGCGAAUGCCUUCACUUCACCCAUCCCUCAACAAGAAAGAUCUUGUCUUUCAUCCUGCACACAUUUUUCAAAAGGAAGGAACCAUUUGGUUGUGUAGCAUCCACUAUAGCUAGAUAACCAUCGAUUGAAUUAAUCCAUCCAGUAGUCUACCAUGCCGGACGCUUCCAAUGUGGCAUUGCCUGCCAACUACCCCGUGAUUGCUUCGACACCUCCCGUGCCAACGACCGAACGAGCCCAACGCUGUGGUUUGGCUGGUCGGAGUGGCCGUGGUCAAUCCGGCAAACCCGUGUUGACGUACACAUCGGGCAAACUGGUCGUCGUCCGCAAUCUCAAGGUCGAUGAACCCCUCUUGCCAUCCACCGAAUCCAAAUUGCCCGUCUUGACGUAUCGAGGCCACAAUACCGUCACGGCCACGGCGGCGCAAAUUUCACCCAGUGGCUCCUAUCUAGCGAGUGGCGAUGAACGUGGCAAAUUGCGCGUAUGGGCGUUGGAUCACGAAGAACAUCUCUGCAAAUUCGAUGGACCCGCCCUCAGUGGACCCAUUCUCGAUAUUAGUUGGGAUGGAGAAUCCAAACGUCUUGCCGUGGCAGGAGAACGCAGUGAUGCCCAAUCCGAUGCCGCUCGUGUCAUUCAAUGGGACACGGGAGUCAGUGUCGGACAAUUGGGACAACACGUCAAAGGACGCGUCUCGGGAAUUUCCUUCAAACCACAACGUCCCAUGCGAAUUGUUACCAGUGGCAAGGAAGACUACAAAGUGUCCUUUAAUGCAGGACCACCCUUUCAAAAGGUUACUGUGGCGAAUGGAGUUCCCAGUGAAACGGCCCAUGCGCAAAAGGGAUCCGUCAAUACCGUCCGAUACAAUCAUGCCGGGACAUUGGUGGCCAGUACCGGAGGAGAUAAAAUGGUCGCCGUCUAUGAUGGAAAAACACUCGAACUCAAGGGCAAAUUGGAAAGUGUACACAAUUUGACCAUUUUUGCCCUCGAAUGGAGUGCCGAUGACAAAUCCAUUGUCACGUGCAGCAGUGAUGGAAAAGUCAAACUGCUCUCGGUCAGUGACGAUGGAUCCAAAUUGGCCAUUACUAAAACGUGGGAUCCACCCCUGGCACAACGCGGCGGCAAAGCCUACGACAAAUUGCCCGUGGGAGGACAACAGCUCGGUUGUGCCUUUGUCAAUGGCAAUGUCCCCGUAUCGGUAUCCUUUAAUGGACAAUUGUCCGUCAUGGACGGAGAUAAAAUCACCAUUUGGACUGGACACAGUGCCUCCAUUAAUGACAUGGCCGUCGAUUUCAAGAAUGGUGUCUUUUACACCGGUGAUUCCGAUGGAUUGCUCUGUCAAUGGGACUGGAACACGGCACAGCCGAAAAAGAGAUUGGAACCCAGCGCCAAUGCCAAUGCCGAUUUGCUCUAUGUCAUUCAUGGAGGUGCCAUUAGUGGUGUGGCCACCAUGGCGGAUGGUAGUUUGCUCAGUGUGGGAUGGGAUGAUAAAAUGUUCGUCACGGACAAGGCCGGAAAGGUGGGCGCCAGUCCCUGUCAACUCAAGGCACAACCCACCUGUAUUGGAGGCGGAGCCAAAAUUGCCGUUAUUGUCACUGUCAAGGGACUUCAGUUGGUCAAGGCUGGAGCAGGAGCCGUGGCGGGUGAUUUGCUGGCGACCAGUUAUGAAGGACAGUCCGUGUGUGUCAGCAAGGAUGACAAGACAGUCUAUGUAGGUGGCAACGACAACAAGAUUUAUGUCUACACGUGUGAUGGAAACGCAUUGAAGGAGAAACAGGUCAUUGCCGACGGACAUCGGCAACCAGUCCAUGCCUUGGCACUCUCCAACGACGGAUCCAAAUUGGCAGCCAGUGAUACCAAGGAUGUUUGUGUCUACGAUGUCAAAGAUGGAUACAAACCCAUCAUUGCCAAGGGACGAUGGUGCUUCCAUAUGCAGCGCAUCACGACGUUGUGUUGGUCGCCCGAUGACAAGAUCUUGGCGAGUGGAGGCGCUGAUGAUUCCAUUUAUCUGUGGUCGCUCGAUAAGAAAAUGAAGCGCAAACACUACCCAUACGCUCAUCGUGGUGGAUUGACGGCAUUGACUUUUACCGAAAAGAAGGGCGAGUACAAGUUUGUCUCGGUGGGUAUGGAUGCAGUUGUCAAUCAGUGGGAUGUGUCAACCGACGUGAAGGACACCUUUGGCUUGUAAUGAACUCGCAAAACUACCGCAUAGAUCAUACCGUUAGCUCUGAUUGAUCGGUGGCAAGAAAGAAGCAAUUUGUCGAGGAAUGUUUACAUCUUUAAACAAACUACUUAAUAAGAAUAGUCGUUCACACGG